GUUGCGUCAAAAUGACGACAUUUGGAAUCUAAACCGCAACUUUAAAAACAAAAAACAAAAAAAAUAGUCUCUGCCUUUCUCUUGCGUACGUCAAUUUGCACAAGCAAUCGCUUUUUCCCCAUUUUUCGAAAAAAAUACAUCCUCGAAGCUCCGAGCUCUCUCCUCCUCCUCCGCUAACCACCGUGAUCUCUGGUUUUGAAUUGAUUGAUCACAAAUGGGAAAAAUCAAGAAGGUGAAUCGUAGGGCUCGAAUUGCAUCUCCUUACUCAUCACCACCGCCUUGUUGCAAGAAAGAAUGGGCAGGGUCGACUUGUCCAGUAUGUUUGGAGUCUCCACACAACGCUGUUCUUCUCCUUUGUUCGUCUUAUCACAACGGUUGUCGCCCUUACAUGUGCGCAACAAGCAGCCGUUUCGCCAAUUGCCUUGAGCAAUACAAGAAGUCAUACGGUAAUGAAGACUCGGAACAGCCUCAGCUUCUGUGUCCGCUAUGCAGAGGUCAGGUGAAAGGUUGGACUGUUGUGGAGGAUGCAAGAGUGCAUUUCAACUCCAAGAGAAGGACUUGUAUGCAGGAAAGCUGUUCCUUUGUUGGGAACUUCAAGAAGCUCAAGAAACACAUGAAGGAGAAGCAUCCACAUGCUUGUCCUAGGGCUAUUGAUCCGGCUCUUGAAACCAAGUGGAAGAGACUGGAGAGGGAGAGGGACAGGAGAGACGUGAUAAGCACGAUUAUGUCGUCGAUUCCAGGUGCUGUCGUGUUGGGAGAUUAUGUCAUAGAGCCGCGUAAUGGAGGUGUUUAUGAUGAAGAUGACGAAGAUGAUUACAGCUCAGAUGAUGAUAUGGGCAACAAUGGUGUAUUGGAUCUGGAUUCAUGGCAAGGACAAAGCAACCAUCAUAUACGGUUUAUAGAUAUGGAUGCAAGUGACUUUGCCUCGUCUUCUCGAUCUCAAGCUUCUCCAAGCCGUUUGCUCUUGCCAAGGAACCAGAGAGGCGGCGAUAGAGGUCGGUAACUUUGAUUUAACCGAAGCGAGUUCAUGUUUAGUCUCCUCUGCAUAUAAUCUCAAACUCUCUCUCCAGCAUUAGAAAUUGGCUUCCAAAUUUGCAGGAGCAGUAUAGAAGGCUAACAUGACUUAAGCCAAUUAGCCAUUCAUGAAAUUGAUUUAAAAAAAAUAGCAGUCGUCUCUUUUCUUUUUAUUUGUUUCAAUGUAAAUUAUGUAUUCUCUGUAAUUGUAUCAUUUGUUUCUGCAUUGUUGUACUCUAGUGAGGCAUGAGAUCUUAUGCCUUUUCGCAAUUUCAUUUUUAUUUCAUGUUUCUGUGUAUUGAUUUGAUUUUCAUUAAAAGAAGGUUAUGUGGAAAGAAAAGCC